AUGCUUGCGCUAACACGCAGACAGCUCUUCGCAGUGGGCAUGACAUGCACGGUCAUGCUCGCAAACGCUUUGUACGGAUGGGAUCGCCACGUCUGGGACAUUCCAACAAGUGAGAUCGCCAGUGCGAACAAGAUAGCCUUCGCCGCCAAGCUCAUGUUCACUUUGGCCGCAACAUUCACACGCCUCUCACUGAUAUGCUUCUACUAUCGUCUCGUGAAAGACAGUGGCAUGAAGUGGUUCAAAUAUGUCUUACAUGCGGCAUUGCUUUGGACCCUGGCUGUUGGCAUAGGCUUCGUGUGCAUGUGCUGUCUUUCCCUUGAUCCUAAGAUUACGCUGAUCAUUGCCAGGCCUGUCGAAGCCUACUGGGUGUUUCCACCAACAUCUGGUCACUGCCUUGACGAGGGCAAGGUCGUUCUCGGCAGCGGAGUUAUCAACUGCUUCUCGGACCUUCUCACCACGGUCUUACCUAUACCGAUCGUCGCCAGACUACAGAUGCCUCGAAGGCAACGCUUCGGCGUCUGCGUCCUACUAUGCCUUGGGUUCAUUGUCACGAUAGCUGGUAUCGUACGAACAUACUUCAUCUGGAAGAGCUUAAUAGCGCAAUACGACGAGACGUGGUGGGCAUAUCCAUUGUGGAUCGCAGCAGCCGUGGAGAUUGACUUGGCUGUGAUAUGCGCAUGCGCGCCCGCGUGGAAGUCAUUGCUUCAACCGCCUAUCGUCUCGAUGUCGCACAGGUUAUCGUCCAAGUUGUCUUCACUACGCUCGCCACAGUCGUCGCGCAGAAGUUCGCCUCCCGAGCCACCCAGCAAGAAAGGGUUGGUGUUCAGUCCGCUUAGAAGUCUGCCUUGGUUCCAGAUCAGUAGAUUGAACUUUGAGAAAAGUCAAACCACUUCCAGCAUCGAAAAGGGCCUGUCUGAAGAUCCAGUGAAGGCAGAGGACGGCGUCGAGCAGGAAGGCAAGGACGUUGGUAUGCGCGAAUUCCGACAUUCAGAGAUAACGCUAGACCCGGAGAUGGGCAUUCGUCCAGCGACACCGAGCUUGCAUAUCAUAAUGCGGCAAUCCGUGGAGCAGCAAGUUGCCUGCAUCGUACCUGCGGAGAGUACGCAUAGGCGGAGCGGCCAGUGGUUGGCGGAGGAGCUGGGUAUGAAGCGACUGUUUUCAUCAAGGAAGUGA